AUGUAUGCGAGUCUAGGACAAGCGCUUCAAGAAAACUGUGGAAUUGAAUAUGUUCAAAAAACAAUUACAGAGGAUCGUAAUACUUUGAAUGCUUCUGAUGCGGAUAAACGAACGCCUCUUCAUUGGGCUUGUUCUACGGGAAAAGUGGACGUAGUUGAAUAUCUCUUAAAACAACCAGACAUCAAAGUCGACGAGAAAGAUGAAGCUGGUUGGACUCCUUUAAUGGUUGCUAUCUGCAACAAAGCCAUUCCUGAUUCAUUGAUUGAAACCAUUAUGGAACGUUCUGAUGUCAAUAUAGAGAUGACGACUCGUGGAGGACAAACAUGUCUCCAUUAUGCCUCUGGAAAAGGUCGACUUCCUAUUGUUCGCAAGCUAUGCGAACGUAGCCCCGGCUUAAUCAGAACACGAGAUCUCCAAGGGCAACAAUCGCUGCAUCGAGCGGCUGCAGUAGGUCACCCCAAUGUCGUAAAGUAUCUUCUUUCUCAAAAAUGUCCCUUGAACGCUUCCGAUUCAUUUGGAUUUACCGCCCUUCAUUUUGCCUUAGCAGAAGGUCAUACAGACAUUGCUAUUGACCUAAUUAAGUCGGGUGCCGAUACUCUGCGCACUGACAAAGAAGGCCAUACAGCUUUAGACGUCUGCAUGGACCGUAGCAUUCGACAAGAGUUUAUCGACACAUGCAAGCAAGAAGGACUGGACAUAUAG